AUGGUGGACAAAUAUUGGCUUAGAGCAAGCUUUAGAGUGCAGGUUACGACAACACGCUUCCCUCAGCCCCAGCAUUCUCUUUCCUCUGAGGCUGGACCAUCUCAUCGGCGGUCUCGGCGGGAUGACUUCCCUCGUGUUCGAUCCGGGGCUAAUGUAAAUUGCAAUGGUUCAGCUGCUAUUGCAUCUCGAUUCGGUCGAGCCGCUUCUCCUGGUGCAAUGGCGGCACGGCGUGCGGCUCUUGAGGAGGCGGCUCGUGUAGUGAGUCUUGCUUCUGAAAUGAAACAUUACACAUUUCUGGUCGCUAAAUUCUGCAAAUUAGAUCAAACUACUCUCUUUUUUCAAUUGAAUGCGCAAAAUUUUCUAUACUUGCAACAUAUAUUAUGGUCUGUCAUUUGGCAAAAUUAA